AUGGCCACCAUUCCGCUCCUCGUGCUCCUGAUGGCGACCAUCUUCUCGGCCGCACCGCCGGUCGCCGGCGAGCCUCCCAACGUGGUGCCCUUCGCGUGCAAGGCGGCCACCGCCGCCGGCGGCGGCACAUUCGACGAGGCCUUCUGUCUGUCGACGCUCGAGGGCAGCAAAAGCAGCGUGGGCGCCGCGGACUACGCGGACCUGGCCGUCGUCGCGGUGGACCUCGCCACGGCGAACGUGACGGCCACCGAGGCCAAGAUCGACGCCCUGCUUGCCAGCAAUAACAUCAGUGGCGCGGCAGUCGUCCAGGGCCUGCAGUCGUGCCGGGCGCUGUACGGCGCGGUGGUGCGGCAGUACCAGCCGGAGUGCCGCGCCGCCGUGAAGGGCGGCAGGUACGGCGACGGGAAGAAGUGUCUGGGCAGGACGGCGCAGGCGGUUGCGGCGUGCGAGCGGUGGUUCCAGCAGCGGAAGGUGGCGUCGCCGGUGGCCGCGGAGGACGUCGUCCUCGCCAUGCUCGCCAACCUCGCCAUCGCGCUGGCCUCCAUCGCCAAUUGA